AUGAAAAAAAAAGGUGGUAAAACGAAGGAAAUUGAAAACCCAGAACAAGAAAUUUUAGUAACAACUAUAUCAACAAUUUAUAAAGCACACCACUUAAAAGUAUUUGUUUUAUCUUAUAGGCUUCGUUGAACAAAGAAUUGGACGCUCAUUAUAACAAGACGAAAAUUCUUUUUAAACAAUAUGAUAACGUAUUGUCUGAAAUUGAAGACGCUGCGUUUCACAAUCAUUUACUGGUAAUUUAUAUAAUACACAGUUAUUCUUGUAAAAACACAAUAGUUGCAAAAUAUAUGGAUGUUUUAAUUGUUUAAUAUCAUAUGAAAUUGAAAAUCAAGAAUGACUAUAGUUAAGUAGGAGCGUAGCUGUUCGAAUAUUCGCGUGUUAAAAUAAUAAUUAUUGCCCACCGACGUUUUUAUUUAAUAUAAUUACUCAAUCAGUAAUUAUUUUUGUUCACAAGUUACACAUUUUCGGUUUUUUUUUCAUAAUAAUAUACUUCAAUGAGUUCAACGUAAUUAUUAAAUAACCCAUAGUUAAUUAACUUAAAAACUAUAAUUGAUAAAAAAAUGUUGGUAAGAUAAAAACUACUAAGUCUAUGUAUUAUUCGAAGUAUUUGUUGUUAUUAAAUUCGAAAAUUAAACCUAGUGUUAAAUACGAUAAAAAAUUGUGUUUUACAGUAUCAGCAACUUAAUAAUAUAUGUAGAUUUUAGGUAUGUAGAACUAAUUAAAAUCGGUUUGAAAACGAAUUAGUUGUCUGUAAUCUUUAAUACUUAUGGAUCGGACAGUGUCCGUUUAGUUAUUUAUCUAAGUUAUUUUUUUAAGUCUUUUAUCAAAGCAUAAACAAUUAAUUGCAAUAUAAAUGUUUGUAGUCCUUGCCCCAGUGUGUAAUAUAAAAAUAAAACAGAAUUUAACUAUCUUAAAUAUCUUCGAAGAUAUUACAAUGGGCAUAUAUUCGUGGGACACCCUGUAUAUAAUAUUUAUUUGUACAUUUUAUCUUAAAAUACAGCCAUGAGAUUUUCCCGAAAGUUGGUAUUUUAAGGUUUUUGAGCAUAAUAAAUCUAUUGAUUUGGGUCUCUAUUUGGGUAAAGGGCUUAAACAGAAUGUCAAAAUUUUGAUGCGUUUUCGUUGAUUAAAGGUUGUUAACUUACUUUUUAUAACACCUUUUUAAACCCCAUAAUUUUAAUUUUACAAAAUUGUUACGUCGUUGAUUUCAAUAAAUGUGAUAAUUUGACAUUUGUUAUUUAUUUUUAAUAUAAUUAUUUUAAAAAUUGGGUAUUGGAUUUAAUAAAUUAAUAUUGUUAAAUAAAUUAUAGUGUAUAUUUUCAAACAACUUACAAAUGUGCACCUGAUGUAUACCUGCUGUACAUUCUUAGUAAAACAUAAAUAUUAUAUAUUUUUAGUCGUAUAAAAGAUGUUUGACUAUGCAGAUGGAAUUCAGAGAUAAAUUAAUGGAAAAAUUAACUGACGAGUUAGAACAGUUUCAGGAACAUCGUAACAGGGCUCGCCUGAAAAAUUUGGAAUUAGUCAACAAUACGUUAAGUAAGUUAAUAGGCAAUUAUUAAAAAAAAAAAUAAAAUAAUCGAAAACUUAAAGAUAAGUAGUCAAUAAUUAAGAAAAAAAAAAUAAGGAACAUGAGAUUAUAGUAAGACGGGACAAGAAUAAAUUGAAUUCUAUAUAAAUGACUGCGAUAAGAAUAAAUGUUUUAAACAAAUAAACGAUCGAAAUAUCAAACAAUCAGCACAAUAGAAAUAAAAAUACAAUUUUUUCGCCUAAAUUAGUGUCAUAAUAUGAUGAAAUUAUUUCCACCGACAAGCGCUAACGUUUAAAUACAUUUACCUACUUACGAUACACUAAAUUAUCACAUUUCAUGGUUUAGAUAAAAUAUAUGUAUACAUAUUUUGUAUAUAUACAGUGUCGUUUAAAAAGGAAAUCGAGGCAAUACACGAUCAAUAUACGUUUGAAGUGGAACUAGCGACAUCUGAAAAUUUGUCAGAGCUUGAAACCAAAAAAAAAUUGUACAAUACACACUGGGAGAUACUGAAAUAUGAUCAUGGGGCGAUGAAAAUUAAAACACAAAAAGAUAUGUCCAAACUCGAAAAGACGCAUACUGAAAAAAUGAAUACCGAAAAUGGAAGGGUAUGAAAAUAUUUUAUUUAAUCUGUAUUUAAACAACUACAGUCCUAUUUAAUCUUGAUACGUGUAAUGUAUUGUCAUCGUUGAUAAGAAUCAUUCCGUGUGCGUGCGUAUUCACGAGACACGAAAAUAUUGAAAAAGCCAAUUCCCAAUGAUACUGAAAAACAAUAAAAAUGUAAAAAAAAAAUAUAGAAUAAAUACAAUAUUUUGAAGAAAAAAAAAGCUAAUACUGUUGAUGAGUGUGCCACUGUUGUAGGUGGAAAGUUGAGAAGGUAGGGAAGAGUUAUAUAGAGUUAUAUAAUAAUAAAAAAUCGUACACUGUAGUAAAACCAAUACACUCAGCACUUCGCUGAGAAUCUAAAACAGAAUGAAAACAGUAAUUACAUAAAUAUUUUACCAUUAAAUUUUUUUUUUUUAUGGUGGGAAGCAGCACAUACGAAAUGUUUAGUUUAAUAACAGAUUUUUCACUAUAUAAUGCUUUUUGAAAUUAAUUAAUUUAAAGCGUGGCAACAAUUAUAUUAAUAGUACAAUUAAUUAAUUACUGUAAAGAAUGGUAAAUGUUAUAUAUUUGUAAAAUUAUGUUGAAACAAUAAGUACUUAUCUAAGAUACAAUUUUUACUUAUCUAUAUAAUUGUCAGAACACAACUAACCCUUAAAAUUAUAAAUCGAAAUUAGGCUAAGUGAGUAGAAAAUGUCGGAUUACGCAUUUUGCUAAAAACAACCAUACAACUAUUGAAGUGUAAUGCUAUUUAUCAAUGUAUCAAAAACGUACUGAAUGAACCUACUUAAUUGUUUUACCAUAAAAUAAAAUAUUAUAUAUUGUUGACGAAGCAUCGCUAUCAACUGAACUCCGCUCAGAAUUAUUUUUAAUAAGCAAUGGUUUAUCGUUGCUUACAGAUACAAAUUAAUUUCCCUUCUAUAACCUAAACUUCCUAACUUCUCACUAACAACAGUGCCUGCACCCAUUGUACUUUAGAAAGGUCCUUUUCGAUUUUCUCAGGAGUUUUUUCAUCAAAUGUGUAAAACCGAAAAAAAAACAUUGAUAAAACGGAAAAAUUUAAGAAAUAUAGGUAUUAGUUAAAAUUACUACGGCCUUCUUUUUUCCUGUGGACAACUUUUCUACAAGCAAUUUCGCUCCAAUUUAUAAUGAUAGCAAUGUUAAUUUGACUGGGAAGGUACUUUAGGGAGGUCAUUUUUCGAUUUUCUCAAGAGUUUUCCGGCAAAUGUGAAAACCGGGAAAAAAACCAUGGGAAAACCAUUAAAAACGUAGGCAAAACGGUGUAUUAAACAAAUAUUAUUAAAGAUAAUAUAUAAUGCCUAUUUAAUUUAUUUACAAUAAUACGACAUAUAUAUAUUGUUGACAAAGCAUCACUAUCAACUGAAAUCCGCUUAAAAUCGUUUUUUCGUUAGCAAUGGUAAAUCGUUGAUUUAUAUUAAAAUACCUAUAACAGUGGCUGCACCCGGUCUCAUUCUCCUAGGACGUCUUUUUUUUAAAUUAAUUAUUUAAAUUAUAAAUAUAAAUAUUAUAAUUAUUAAUUUACAAUUAAGUGAUCAUAAUUUUAAUAUGAAGCGUUUUUUAAUACCAACCUUGGGUGUUUCCACUAAUUCUUUAUCCACAAAAAAAAAAAUAAAACAUCAGCUUAUAUGAAUAUAAACAAGUAUAAUAUUUUUAAGUUAUAUGUUUUUUAUCUAAAUAAAAAUGUAAUUAUCUUUUAUCUUAAUUUAGAUAUUUUCAAUUUGUUUAUCUAUUAUCUUUAUCUCGAUAAAUUCACACAUAUUAUCUUUUAUCUUUAUCUAGAUAACUUUUACAUUAUCUAUUCUCAACACUAUGACCAACCAGUUGAUGAUAUUUGCAUAGAGAUUUUAAGUUAAAGGGAAAUUAAUAUUUUAAAUUGCAUGAACACUAAUUGUGUAUUAAUUGUGUUUACUUGUGCAUCUUACUUACAGACUGUAGAAAUUCUUAACUAACAUAUUAAAUACAUGUGAACUAAAUUCAAUUAAACUGUCCAAUUUAAAUAUUUAUAAUAAAUAUUUUCACGAUUAUAAAUAAAUUUCAUACAUCCACUAAUUAUGAUAAACUUGUCACAAUGAGUAACUAUGUAGAAAAUAUAAACAUUGCUAUACGUGACAUCUUUGAAUAACUGCUCUAAAUGCUCACGAACGACAUAGUUUUAAAAUAAAUAAUACAAUAUAAAAAGUUAGACCCAUUUUAAAAGCAUAGAAAAAAUAGAAGAGUAAAAUAUUAGUUUCCCUUAACUCGAAUUCAAUGAUUUCAAUGCAGAUAUCAACGAACGGUUGGUCGUAACAUUCUUGUUUAGUUUUAAUCUAAAAACGUCNCUAUUUUAUGCAUUAACGAAAUAUAAUUCUGAGCGGAGUUUGGUUAAUAGAGUUGCUUUGUCAUCAAUAUAUUUGUCAUAGUAUGGUAAAAUAAUUAAAUACGCAUUAUAUAAUAUAAUUUGUUUAAUAUUGUACUUAUUUUCCCGUUUUUUUUCUGAUUUUCCCAUAAUUUCCCCGAAUUUUUCCAUUUGUUAUUAAAACAGCUGGUAAAAUAAACUAAAUGACCUCUUUAAAGUACUACUCCAGUGAGGUUUCCUUUCAGAAAAUAGUGUUAUCAUUGCAAAUUGGAGCAAAAUUGUUGGUAGAAAAGUUGUUUACAGAUAAAAAAUAAUAAUAAUAAACACUCAGAAUCUAAAAGUUACAUCAUUAAACUAGGUAUACUAAGUAUGUAAGCAUACCUACAUAACUAGGUAUACUAAGCAUAUGAAAGACGAUUCUUUCUCCGUAUAUUAUUAUUAAUAUGCGUUGAAUAUGUUUAAUGUUUAAUCCAUUUUUAUUUUUAUUAAUACAUCUACAAAAUAAAAUUAAUUUUUCUUGGUUUUAAGCCGAUAUAAGGCAUCGAGAAUUUCUUCUGGAUCAAUGGGUACUUCCCUAUGGAAGGCUGACAACGUUAAUUUAUUGGUACUACACAUUUCGUUAAAUUAAGAAAAAUAAUGUCAUCAUAUCCAUUAUUUUUCCGUUUACUUCAGUAACGCCAUGGAAGAGGAUCUAUAUCACCCCGCGGGCGUGAUAAUAAAAAACGUUAAUAAUUCACCAAAUUCGUCAAAAUAACUAAUUAUUUAAUUAUUUUAAUCUUAACGCAGCAAGAAUCAAUAUUUGAUAAGCAUAUUUGGAAUGAUAAAGAGCACUGCAAAAUUAUCAAAGACAAAAACCUAUUAGUUUUGGACAAUUAUGAGAAAAAAACAAAAAUAUUAUUGGAUGAUUACCAAAAAUUCAAAUCAAAAGAUGAAAAUCUGGAAGAUUUACGAACAAAAUUAAAAACCAAAAUUAAAGAAUCAUUAGUAAGUGCCUAUAGCUACUAUAGUCUAUUUAAUUUCUACAUUACAUUCAAAUAUUUACAAAAGUAUAACUAUAUUAAUACAUUUUAUAAGAAAAUGAUAAGUCACUUAGAAGAAGAAAUCAAAGAACCCAAAUCACUAAAGGAAUUAAACGUGUUGAUAAAAAAAAGAGAUGAGUUACAAGAAGAUUUUAAAAACGUUAUACAAAGUUUAAAAGAUGAUUCUGCAGCUGGUGAAAAACAAAAAAUACUUCUAUGCCAAAUCACCUCACCGAUAGAAAAUGUAAGAGAAUAUUUUAUAAUUCUAUACUUGUAUAAUUUCAUACUAAUAUUUCUUGUUUCAGGAAAUCACUAAUCUAUUAAAGAAAGGUAAUGAAUUGGUAAAAUGGAUCAAAAUAUGUGAGAGACUGGAAACACAUACUCAAUCGAAUUCGUAUCCAAUGUGCACCGAACCUGACGAUGUCCAAUGGGUAAGUACCUAUCAUUUAUUCGAAGAUACAGCUAUCUGCAUGUAUAUUAUUGUGUAAACAUAAAUAAACUUUCCUACGAGAAUUUUUUUUUUAGUUAUACUAACACUGACCUAACCUAUUCGUAAUCAGCCGUCUUAUUUAAUAGCCCGAACCACUUGCGGCAAUGAGUAAGUUGACAAAAUUUUGGCACCGUGUAAUGAACGCGAAGAAAAAUUCGAAAUCAAUAGACGAAAAGAUCGAUAGAUUAAAAUCAGAACGUUUACAACUCAAAGAGGAAAUACGCAAUUUCGUUAAACAAAAAUCUAAAGAUCCAAGUCAUUCUUCCAAUUCUUCGGGUGUCUAG